UCAGUGUGAGCGUCACUCCGCGUUUCCACCGCGCGGCGCUGUCGAGUCCAGAAAAACUCAUUCAAAGCCCUCGAUUCCGCUGUGUAAAGUCGCCUUUGUGUGUUUCUGUACUCCAGCGCUCUCUUUGUGGAGAAGUGCCCCAGCCCUGUCCGAGGUUUUAAAGCUCCUGUGGGAAAAAUGGACAUGAAGAAAAGAAUUCACCUGGAGCUGCGGAACAGGACGCCCUCAGACGUGAGAGAAUUAGUGCUGGAUAACUGUCGGUCAGAUGAGGGGAAGAUCGAGGGCCUCACUGCAGACUUUGUGAAUCUGGAGUUUCUCAGCUUGAUCAAUGUUGGCCUGACGUCCAUCUCUAACCUUCCCAAACUAGCCAAGCUCAAAAAGCUGGAGUUGAGCGAUAACCGAAUCUCAGGAGGACUUGAGGUUCUGGCAGAGAAACUCCCCAACAUUACACAUCUCAACCUCAGCGGCAACAAACUAAAGGACCUGUCCACCCUCGAGCCUCUGAGAAACCUAAAUCGUCUGAAGAGCCUUGACCUUUUCAACUGUGAGGUCACAACCCUGGACGACUACAGAGGCAGUGUGUUUAAGCUCCUCCCACAGAUCACUUACCUGGAUGGCUAUGACCCUGAAGAUCGUGAGGUAUCAGACUCUGAUGGUGAGGGGGGUGAGGAAGAUGAGGACGAAGUAAACUCUGAGGGAGAAGAAGAGGAAGAUGAUGAGGAGGAGGAUGAAGAUGGAGAAGAGGAGGAUUUUGAUGAAGAUGAUGAUGCAGAGGAGGAAGAUGUGAGCGGGGAUGAGGAGGAAGACUCUGGUCAGGAGGAAGAGGUGGACGAUGAGGAUGAUGAGGACGAUGAGGAUGAAGAUGAGGAUAAUAAAGGAGAGAAGAGGAAACGAGACCCUGAGGAUGAAGAUGAGGAAGAUGACGAUUGAUCUCAGUCUAAAGUGUGCAUGUGUUUGAGUGUGAGAGGUGUGUGGGUGUGUGUUAGAUGUAUUGUUUGAUGAGUGCAGAUCUCCAACCAGCCUUGUCUAUGUUGGUUGAGUGUUUUUAAUGCUGAUAGAUGUCUCUGAGGUAUUUUUUUUAAAACCAGACUUUUGUCUUCAUUGUAUGAAUGGCUGUAAACUUUUUUUUUUUUUUUUUUACUUGUUAAUGAAUUUCAUCUGUUGUUUUUCUACAUCAAUGCCAAAUUACUUUUGUAAAUAAAAUCAUUUUUCUAUU